CGAUGACUUCCUAGACACAGCUUGGUGAGGGCACUACAACAGUAGUACGCUGUUUGGAUGCGACCUAACACUGACUGUAAGUAGUAGCCUAGAUCUUACACAAGAGUUUCGCCCGUUGUGCCAGUCCUGUCUGUUAGGCACGACGGUGGGUCCUUAAAUCCUCCCGUUUCCAAAGACUUCCAAGAGAGCGUAUCGGCCUUCGUCAUGACAACAAUCCACAUUAUUGAUAGCUGGGCCGAUCUUCUUGGAGGAAUCACGCUAUCGGAUUGUCGCAACGUCACUGACCCAUCCUGUGUCGGCGGGGUUGCGAAUGUUGCCGCCUUUGCGCGGCACUUGACCCGGAGCGGGGCGAGCGUUACCGACAGUCCGAGCGGUGGGACUGCGGAAGAUAUUGAGGAACCGUACAUAGUGACGCCGCGGCUCGAUCGGUACUCGCCAUUCGUGCAAAUGCAUCCACUUGGAUGGAGUGUGAACCGGUUGAUCUUUGUUGAAGUAUUGCAAUGGAAAUUCUUUAUCUCGAGUCCCGCCUUGUUGUAUUUAAGCAGCACUGCUCGUGGGAGCACUAACGGUAGCAGCACGAUUUCGACGAACUCCUCGUUGAUGUCGGAUUUGCAAACGGACGAGUUGCCCUUCUUACUGACUAACGUGGCUGUGCCGCCAGAGAACGACUGGUACCCCUACACAAAGGCGAUAUACUUUGACGAAACCACGCACCUGGCUUUUUUGUCGGUCGCGGAUUCUGACGAGCCCUUAAAUGCGCCGCAGAUAGAAUCUGCAACGGGAGCCUUGAAUUAUAUUGCACGUUUGAACAAAGAAAGUGACUGCGAUGCAUUUGUUGACGAUGGGGGUGGAACUGCGGUAGCCCUGGGGAGUAGCUGGGACAAUCGAACCUGUUGGAUUCCAGUGGUUGCCUUUGGUGAUUCGGAAAAUCGAUGGAACAAUUUCCUAUUGGCGAUGACUGCAUUAGAAAACCCUCCGUCUCUAAUAAUGGAUAUUGAAGGACACGAUGCGCGAUUUUUUACACCGCAAAAGUACAACCAAACUUGGGUUUCUAGUUACAAAAUGAAUUCUACGACGUAUCGUCAACAAAGCAUUGUUCUAGCAGAGGACAGCCGAACAAUUGUGAGCGUGACGGCGACAGCCAUACCCCUAAAUGAGUUGCCCGACGAGUUCAAAGACAAUAUCUACACAUCCCACGUAACCCGCAUGUACGAGUUGGGGCAGGAAGCGGCAAACAAAGACCCAAUUGUGGGAACAAGUACUUUCAUGCCAAUUGCUAGAAUUGACCAGUAUAGACGGUGUAUGGGUGGUGAAUGCGAGAUCGGAAAUCUCUUUACAGAUGCUCUGCGAUGGUAUUCUAGCGCGGAUGUGGCAUUUGUUUCGAGUGGAGGAUUGCGAGGCCAAGGAUGGCCGGAAGGAGUUGUUCAAAUGUCCAAUUUAUGGGAAUCAUUGCCGUUUCCGAAUACCCUAUGCUCCGGAACCAUGACUGGAGUAUCGUUAUUCAAGCUGUUCAACUAUUCUACUAGUGUUGCAAACUUUGAAGUCAAAGAAACAGUUUCGGGGGGACAGCUGCUGCAGGUGUCUGGGGCGCGACUUCGAUAUAAUACGAAACUCCCCCAAGGAGCGUCGCGAAUGGUUAGGCUGGAGAUUUGGGACAAAAACGCCAAUCAGUAUGCACCAGUGCAACGCCUCCAAUUGUACAAGUUCGCAACCGAUAAUUUUUUAUGCGAAACCAACAUACCGUAUCCUGAAUUGUUGGGGCAAAAUUUUUACAUCGAUGGGGAAGUUCCGGGUGUUGUGCGUGACGAUUUACAUCAAAACAUUGUUGCGGACUAUCUUACACAAUUGAACACAACUUACCAAGCGACUAUUGAGGGACGACUCAUCAAUGACACUACUGUUCUGGAUGCAAUGAAUUUGGUACAGAUCGAAGGAGGCUGUGGACAAGGAACUUAUUGGGUUUUUACGCAACAGAGUUGCAAGGUUUGUCCGAAUACUGAUCAAGUCUAUUUUGGAAAGAAAGAGCUUGAAUUUGCGAGUGAAAGCGGAUCGUCGAAACCUGUUGAGGGGCGUUUCGAGAUACUGAAUAAUGCGGGUUUCCCUGUAUCGGUGGGUCCCAGAUCGUUUCCAUUCUGGGUGACUUUGACAGUUUUCUUGUGCAAUGGUACGAUCCCAAUUGAUCCAAUUCCAGCAGGUGUAACGCGCGUGUUGCAAUCCGGCGAGAAAUUGACGGUAGGUUUAUCUAUCUCGUCUGAGCAACUCGAAGCAGGAACAGCGGUUGCGACUGGAUCUUUUUCUGUGGUGGAUGGCGGGAGCUUUCCUGGAUGCAUUGGCAAUGAAAUUUCUUUUGACAUUCUCGUUCGUGUGGAUCCCAGUCGGGAACUCAAUCAGAUAGGAGGAAUUCGAUGGGUUGGCUGGUCGCUAUUCAUGGUCCUUGUUUUUUCUGCGAUGUUCUUUUACACUUGGGUAUGCCAGCACGAGCGAAUUGCAGUUGUCCGUGCUAUGCACCGCUUGUUUCUCAACACGGUUUGCCUAGGCAUUGUUGUUUUGGGCUCUGUGUUGAUUCCAGUGGGUUUUGACGACGGUGCAUUCUCGGAAAACAUAUGCAACAGCGCGUGUGCUUCAAUCCCAUGGAUCAGCGCAGCAGGGUUGAGUACAAUAUUUGCAGCUAUGUAUCGCAAGCUGGGAUCGAUUGUCGGAAAAAAUGAAGAUGCUCGUGAAUUUCGUGGUCGCCGUGUUGUUUUAACAUUUGCCGUUUUCUUUGGCCUAAAUGCGUCGAUUCUAGUGCCUUGGAGUAUUUUAGCCCCAUUGCACUGGGAUCGAACGCCACUCGUUCAAGAAGAAUGGAAGAGCUACGGUCGUUGUUCAACGAGCGAUACGUCAAGUUUGGCUUUUGUGGUUAUGGCCGGUGUUCUGAAUGUGUCGGGAUUUGUCUUGAUAUGCCGGUUGGCUUAUAAAGCCCAGCAAAUACAAGAUAGAAGGGACCAAUUCGACCAGGCCAAAAGCAUUUCAUUGGCCCUGUACAGCUGGAUUCAAUUAGCAGUCGUGGGAAUUCCUGUUCUCUCUCUGAUUAGCGCGGAAACCACUCGUGCUCGAUAUUUUAUGAUCGUUGCGCUCAUCUUCGCCUUGUGUAUCUCCAUGCUGCUUAGCUUGUUUAUUCCGAUGCAAAUGCAGAAAACGAUGCAAAGCGUGCGAACAUUGAGUUUAGGCAGUCGCUUCCUGAGCUCAUUUCGAUCUAGAUAAUCUGCGACGACACAAGGAGGCGGGAAACUCAACACACAGCAUUAAGAAUCAAACCGGUUUUACAUACCUUCCUUCCGUGCAUUGGGGCAACAACCUCGGAGCCGAUUCGAAUUAGAUGACAUAAGCGGCACCGUGGACGACGCAGUCAUUCUGCAGUGUCCGGACCAAGUGCGAUCAAUUUUCGGACAUGAGGUUCGC